UGCAGCUUCCAUCUCCGUCUCGAGUCGUGGGCAGUGAGAAACUGGGAAAGAGCGCGGGGAGAGUACGAGAUCAUUCGCGAUCUCGACGUGUAGUCGCGUCGUGGUUCAUCGUGGCGGAAUCGGGAGAAUUUAAAGAGCGUCCGCGUGUUCAGUCAAUAGCGGGUAAAUCGUUCGGAUCGAAUGAAACGUGGAGGCUUGUCGAACGACCUGGUCGUACCUGCCGCCCGCCCGUUCGCUCCUUUAUGCAUAUAUACCGUUUCGAAAAUAGCUAGCGCGUAUCGUUCUCUCUUCGAAUCGUAAUGGAGAGGAGCAAUUUAGAAGAUGGUCUGGAGUGUCCCUUCGAGGAGGACGACCUCGGGGGAGAGGAAGAGUACGAUGCUUUGAACGACGAGACCUUCGGCUCUGAAGCCACUAUCGGGGAUUGGGAGAAAGACCAUGAAAAACUUGCGGAAAUCACGGAAUCCAGUCGUCCUCACAAUCAGAAUAACUUGAGUAAAAAAAAUGGAGUUAAUGCGAAUAUUGAAGAUAAUUUAUCUCAUUUGGUGUUAGAUGAGAAAGAGGGUAUUGUCCCACGUCCUGGGGUAUGGGACAGUCCCAACUUUUCCUCUCCCAAACCUAUUCCCUCGUUACCCUUGCCACCGGGGUUAACGUCCAACGUCUGCACCGUCGAGGAAUUGGAGAAAGGUUUGACCGCGAACAGACAGCCGGUAGGAUUGAACAAACCUAUUCAAGGUCAACAUCCACAUCAGCAGCAGCAACAGAAGCAAGAUGGAACGCACCUGUUCAAGUCUUUAUCCCUUCCUCAACGCUUCCCCCCAGGACUGGGUAUACCACCCCCGCAUCCUGUUGUUUUACCACCAAACGUGAGAUUCCCACAUCCUCAAUUUCUACAGCAUCCUAGAUUACUGCCCAAUCAAACUGGAAAUCUAUUGAGAUAUCCUGUACCGCCUCACUUAAUGUUGCCACACGGGCCACAGAGACAGCCCAUGCAUGGCUCGUUUCCGAAUAAUUUUCCACCUCCACACUCGAAUUUGUGCCUCCCUCCAUUUCUGCGAACGGACCACGGCAUGAUAUCUCCUUUUCCCGGAAAUCAGUCUAGUCACCAUCAGCAACAUUCUUACGCUCAUUCUGGAAAUCAACGACACCUGAAUAGGCCGUUCCCUCACGGAGAACAGCAGCAAGGGAAUCAUCAACUAUAUUUCAAAAAUAAUCAGCAUCAGCAGCGUAACUACGACCGGAAUAAUCAACGGCAAUAUCAUUACCAUCAUUACUGUCAAGGUGUAAACGGUGUGACUGGUUCGGGAGAGUACGACGAGUACGCCGGUCUGAUGAGCAGCCGGGAGAAACAGUGGUUAAUUAAUAUACAAUUACUGCAACUAAACACGACCGAACCUUACGUCGACGACUACUACUACACCGUGUUCUGCGAUAGAAAGAACAAACAGACUUUAAAUCAAGAACAAAAAGAUAAGAAACGCAAUAAUAACAAUAACAAUUAUCAGAGAGAUUCGAGAGAUCGAGAUCAACCGCUUCCUGUGCUUUCGAGACCUGCAUACAUACCGAUGCAGUUUGAGAACUCCCUGGGGAAGUUACAAUUCGCAAGCGUAAUCGCACCGCGUAAGGUGAUCGAUAUGGACGUUGUGCCGAAUGGCGAUCCCCAACUAGCCUCGCAAAUACAGCAAAAGGACACGAAACGAACGAGGCAAUUGUUGCUUGAAAUCGAAAGGUUAUAUAUAAUUCAAUUGAAACUCGAAGAUCUACACAAUCCUUUAGUUCUACUUAAUGAACAACAACAACGGGAAAAUCAGGAAGGGGAGAAGGAAACGAAUAACGAGAAGAAGACUAAGCCAGAGUUAAUAAGUAUGAUGUUAUCCUCUCUCCUUCAAUUGAUACAAGACGAUAAACUAGCGAGUAUGCUGGGUAUCCGAAAAGGAAAAAUGCUGUUAUUGAGAUUUCUGCCGUACUUGAACGUAACGGAAUAUUGUAACCAGUUAGAGGAAUUAUGGAAGGCGAUAUUCCGAGGAUUAACUGUAAUAGGCCGUAGAGAUUCGCACCUGUUAACAAGCCUGUAUUCGGAGUUUCAACGAUGGUUCGGUAACAUACAAGAGUUCGAUACGAUACUUCGACUAGCUCGAUCACUGUCCGAUUUCACUAGUCAACCAAUCAAGAAUAACAAUUUAGCUUUCGCCCUUUCAAACAAGUUCGGUGUGUCUGUAAUCGCCUCGAUGUUCGAACAAGCAGAGAAAAUAUAUCCGACGGACGAUGCUCUGUCUGCGGAAUGGUCAUCGUUCAUUGCGAAUAUUAUCGAUAUAAUCGGCGAAACUCCACCCUGUAUCGCGCCCUGUCAACCGAUCGCUGCGGACACGCUUAAUCAGCAUUUAAACCGACUAUCUCACUUAAAGUGCGGGAGGUACACGACUUUGGAACUUUUAUUAACCGAUAUCAACUCUUCCCGAUAAUCAAACGUUAUUAUAUAUUAUUUUCUUGGCAUUUCGAUUGAAGCCUGCUUUUUAUUCAAUCAUCGAGUCAGAAAUUACGCUAACGGAGAGUCGCAGAUAUUUUAAUACUGUUACAACGUUAAGAUUUAAUACUUCUUGCAUACAACUAUAUAUGUAUAUAUAUAUGUAUUGAUGCAGUUGAUCAUUUUACGUGACACAGGGAACUUAUAUCAUUUUUCUGUUUAUUCUCAACUGAACGGCGCUCGAUCUAUUAUGUUACGCCACAGCGUCGAUUUGGUAUAUCGUAAAACGUUUAUGAACAUUCACACAGUUUUCGUUCUCCUUUUCCCUAUUAUAAGUUCACCACGUUGAGUCCAUAUAACUAAUACGUUCAUUGAAUGAACUACGAUCGGAAUUUGUGGUUCUUCUCUUUUAUCCUUUUUGUAGAAUACGUUCUUGAGCAACUUUCUAAGUUCAUUGACUAAUUGUAACAUAGCGUUUUAUAUUCGAAAUAACAUUUUGUUUUCGAGAAAAGAGAGGGACCUUCAAAUGGAAACACGACGUUUGUGAAGCCGGCGCAAAAAGUCAAAUUAUGUUGAAGAAAAUAUAAAUGGUAAAUCUCGUAUAAGAUUUUCAAUGGAAUUACGUGUUAUUAUAAAAUCAGAUCUAUCGUUAAAGAAGAUUAAUUGCAUACGAUGAUGAUGCGUUUAGUAAAAUAUAAUGUAGCAUUGUUCGUGCAUGCACCGAGUUUAAGAAGAUCGACGAAGGGGCGUUAAAAUCGAGUACCCUAUAAGUUUCUGUACCAAGAGGACAGGAAUGUAUUCGCAUUGCAACGUUUUUAUAACGAACGAUGAUUAACGAUUAGCGUGUCGAGACCUUGGAUCAAUUUAAUUGUAAUUGUAAUAUGAACGGAUGGACGGAAAUCCGGGGACUUGGUGCGUAUUUUAAAAAGUAGAAUCAUUACUAGAUAAAAAAAAUGAAAUGUUACGUACCUACUUUGUGAUCAUGUUAAAUAGGAAGCGGUCGUGAGAGAAAUUGUUGCGAGCAAUUAGCGAAAGUGCAGUAAACGAUAUUUUAAAAGAAAUGGAAGAAAAUAUACGACGACAUGGCCUUUGGUACACAGUAAAAACGGUUAAUUUUAAUCGCAGUAAACAUUUAUAAAUUCUUAUGUAUGUACAUUCAGCUUGUACAUAGAGCGGCUCUGAUGAAUGAAUGACUUCGUACACAUAUGUAUUUUGUAAUUGGGAUACGAGUGAACAUUUUUCACUUCCACGACAUAACACUACGUCAUUUUUGCAGAAAAAAAGGAUCAUUAAAAUGAUACAAAAAAUAUGGAUCGCAUUAUUUUCUAACGUCUACACCGGCUGACGAGUAUCGACGAGUCGGCAGGGCGAGUUGAAAUUUGUAAAUUGCAAUUAUUUAGUGUAAGUAAUUAUACGUACGAGAUGAAUGUGUAAUGUAAAAUUGCAGCCCGCGAUCCACCACUAACACUAAUAACGUAAGAGACUUAAUGCAGACAUGCUGCGGUAUGCUUUCUUCUUCCUUUCGUAAAGUUGUUAUCUAAUUAUCUAAUUACGUUACCCAUGAUGAUUUGUCACAUUUGGUUCAAUUACAUUUUCAAUAAUGAUUUCGAUAAGUGUUAUCUUUACAUUCGUGAUCGAUGAUGCACGAAACGAAUGUAACGAUAAACACGAUCGUCGUUUACGUUGCGAGGCUAAUUGAUAUUUCUCACGUAAAAGAAAAACACAUACAAUUUAUCAUAUGUAAUUCAUCAAGGAUCGAAUAAUAACUGAUUGUGAGCACCCUUCGAUUCCUUACUCUCAGAUAAAACAUGUUUGUUGAGACUGUACAAAUUUUUUAAUCUUUGAAAGUAAACUGUAUCAUAAAGUUUAAA